GCAGCCGUUAUGACAAAACAUUUAUAAUUGCAUUUAAUUCUCCGGGGCUGUUUCCCGCGCUGUUUCUCUCGACGCAAUUCCGAAUGUAAACCUGUGUGAAAGGUACGCUGAUUUCGCAUAUUCUUGGCGAAUAUUGGUACGCAACGUUCGCACGUCGAACGUCGCUUCAUCGGUCGCCGACGAUCUUCGACGCGUUCGGCGGAAUCGCUUCGUCAAAUUCGCCGGUCCGUUCAGAUUUGUAACUUCAAAGAGUCACUCGACAAUGGACAGCAGCCAAGGAAAAUUGCUUUGCACUCCGCGACGGGCGCAGAAGUGUCUGUUUGCGCCGUCCACAGAUAAGUCUGACAAAAGAAGCAGCUGUCAGAGUUCAGAGCGCAUCAGAGAUGACAAAUCCUCGGGAGAAGAGUCGGAUUUGGGACCCAUGUCACCUCUGGCUCUCACCGAUCAGAGUCCGAGUAGCAGCAAUUUCAGUUCGCCAGGCAGAGAAUUCAUAUCUCCGUUCGCGACGCCGGAAAAGUCGGCCCACAAUACGUCUUGGGAUCGUUUAAGGUUCACCAAGGAGGACCACUCUAUGUCGCCCUUUACGUCCCUCAAGAAGGUCACCAGAGCCGCCAGAUACUCGCCGAAGUGUCAAUUGCUUGGUGGCGGUCGCUCCCCGAAAUCGCUGCCGUCCACGCCGAACAAACUGAUUGAUCCGUUGACGCCGCAACGCUUGAAGACGAUGGGAGCGGAGCAGAACAACGAGAUAGUACCGGAGACACCUCAGCGGAGCUUCGCCACGGAGCUGCAGAACCAAAGUAUCACGGAAACACCCCGAAAGAGCAGGACGCCCGAAAUCAGACAGAUCACGCCGUUGAGCUCCAUAAGCAAGACGGUUCCGUUGCCGAAGCUGCACAGGCGGAAGUCUUUCAGCGCGAUCGAAACGGGCGAGGGUCUCUCGCCGGAGCAGAAGGAGAACACGUUGAAAAGGCAUGCGCGCGAUCAGCCGGUGGCGAAACCGAUGAAAUUGUUCAAGGCGGACGAGGGCUUCGUGCCGCGUGCGAGAGCGUCGCUGUUUCAGGAGAAGAGGGACGAGCAUAGUCCCCCGAAUUGUUUCUCGUUAAGCACGAAAACGUUCUACAGCGGCAGCGCCAAGUCCGAGCGGCCUUUCGUCAAUUUCAGAAGCAGCGACGUCAAGAGGAUACGAAGCUUAUCUUCGCAUGGCAACGGUAGACGUUCGUUGACAGCGAAGAAGCGGAAAUUCGGUAAGAUAAACGCUGGCGUGUGCCACGGUAUCAAGAAGCCGAAGCCCAAGGCGAGCACGGAGGCGUCGAAGAAGGAAGAGGAACAGCACGUUAGUCCCACGGCUUCGAGCAAGAGUCCUCCCGUGGAGGAAGCUCAGCCGAUGGAGGCGAACGCGGUGGCGGAGAGAGCCCCCUCGCCAGCGGUCGACGAGAAUAAGCGAUUUUUCAAAACCAACAAGACGAUCAGAUUAAAUCAAGCCGCUACGGUGACGGUAAAUGAUAAGAUUAAAUUGAAGGUAGCGGACGGUAAAAUUGCGUUGAAGGAGAAUCAGAAGCGCAUCCCGUCUACAAAUACACAAAAGCAGAAGCCGAAGGCCCCGGACGUCUCUUUAGACGCCACCGAUCUGACCGUCGACGAGCCGGAGGUUGAGGCUACGUUGCAGCAGGACAAAGUCGAGGACAUCCUGAAAAUUCUCGAGGACGACUGGGCGAACGACGACUACGACACGCUGGCACCACUGACUCAUAUAGCGAACGCGUUUUCCCCGUUAAACUCGGCGACAACGUUGCCGAAGGACGCGAUCAUGUCUCCGGCUACCGAGCUCAGCAACAUGACCUCGACGAUGAACAUCAAAGACGUUGCUGCUCCCUUGACGAACUUCGGGAAUCUUUCGCUCGACAGCACGAACAACAAUAAUGAUAGCGAAAAAAACACUGGCGAGGAAGAUGCCGAGAAGAGAUAUUUUCCGUUGUUUAAAAAAGGAUAUUCUGUACCUGAUAAUAUUUUCGAGGAGACAAAUAACGGCAAUACCAGAAAAGCAGCGAAAAGAAAUAUGCAGUGGCAGCUAUCGGCGAAAGGUGGUGGUGCGGAUGAUCAAUAUCAGCUGGAUGCUGGUCAGAAGCGUUUCGGCGCCACUCAGUGUUCGGAAUGUAACAUUGUGUACCAACUAGGCGAUCCCGAGGAUGAGAAUGCUCACUUGAAUUAUCACAACAGCAUACGGACUCUGAAAUUUCAGGGAUGGAAGAACGAGCGUGUCAUAUCGGAGGACCCUUUCACUAAUAGCAGAAUAAUCUUGGUCGAGCCACAUGACCCCAAGCAACAUUGGAAGAAAGUGUUGGAGAUUCUGACAGUUGUAGAUAGAGAUUUGGGACUGGCGGACAUGAAUAUCUCGGAUUAUCAGAGCAAAAAGAUCUUCUUGUAUGUACGCGAGAAAAACGUUCUCGGAGUGCUGGUGGCGGAACAUAUUGAAACGGCGUUUCGUAUGAUUCCCGAGCUGAUGGACCUCAACUGUUGCACCGCCGAGAGUACACCUACGAAAUGCGGCGUAAACGUCGUUUGGACUGCGAUGAGUCAUCGCAAACAGGGUAUAGCCACUAAACUCGUUGAUACUUUGAGAGCCAAAUUCUUUUAUGGUUACGUAAUGUCGUUGGAUGACAUAGCGUUCUCAAUACCGACUCCAGGUGGUAAGAUCUUUGCCGAGAAAUACACAAAAACGAGAACCUUCAAGGUUUACAAUUAAAUCCAUUAUAUUUCUGCUCAAAUAUUCGUUUUUUAAAAUAAUUGCGUUAUUUAAAUUGUUAACUAGCAAAACAUCCACUUAUUAUAACAUCUUAUUUUAUCGUAUUUUACCUUUAUAGUUAUUAUACAUUUUUGUAACACUUUUACUAUAUAUGUUGAUACGAAUGAAAUAGAAAUUAAUAAUUUCUUUUAAUUUUCUAAAUAAUUUUAAACAUUAAUUUUACAUUUUUUUUUUGUUUAAAUUGUUAUUAUGUUUUACUGUAUAGUUUUAAACCUAAUGAGAUACUUUCUUUUGUAAUAAAUUUUAAUAUAACAAAAGGUAUAAAUUUAAGAUAUAUAAUGUAAAGUCUAUAGAUUUAGAUGCUAAUAUAUCGAAUUACUUCGAGAAAUUUAAAUUAUAAGUUAUUAAUACACUGUUCUUGAAAUGAAUACAUUUAGUGAUCCCAUCGCUAAUUAAUUACAUAUAGAUUCUUGUCACUCAUUUUCUUAGUUCUUGCGUAACUUGCUAUGAAUAAUAUAUUUAACAGCGAGUUAUUGUAAUACGAGAAAUGUGUUAUAUAUUUAAAAUAAUCUGUGUUAGAAAAACAAAUAAAUGUGAA